GUGCCAAGCGUAGUAAUGUUCGCGCAUUUUCCGGCGGGCGGGCGCCGAGCUUUCAUCCCUACCCUGCGGGCGGGCGGCGCGCGCGCAUCCCCGGCACACAAUGGCCGCCAGUCAUUCUGCGGCGCUCCUCGCGGCAACAUGUCUCCCGUGUGGAUCGUGCUCGCUUUGCUCCCAAUCCUCGGGGGAGCUCAACGUUUCAACUGCCGGGGACGCAUCCUCGGCGCAUACUACGCAGACGCCAAAUCGGGGUGCAAGGCGUUCCACGUGUGUGUGAGAGUAGCCGGCGGCGGCAUACGAGACUUCAGGUUCUUCUGCCCCCCUGGUACUCUGUUCCACCAGGAGGCGCAGACCUGUACCGACUGGGGUGAUGAUGACCCAUUAGCCUGCCCGGCAGACAUCUACGAUGGUCAGUUCGAUCUCUACAAGAUCGGAUCUGGUUUUGACACAAAGAAAGUAUCGACUUCCGGAAACCGAGAGGAAGAAUCCGAAUAUGGACUCCAGAGAGCAGAAACCGGUGACCGCCGUCUGUCACAGAACGCAGGAUCAAAUGGUGCAGCCUCUGACCUUCGAGCAGCGCAUUCUUCGGACUUUUUCACUGGCCAACGUGAUCGUGGUCGAGAUGAACCAGUAGCUCAAACUCAGGCGCCGACCUCCGUGCCACCUGGUCGGCCAGCAUUUCAAUCUUUUAGAAGAGCACCUACAACACGUGUAACUUAUUCAACCACGUCGUAUACCACACCCUCACCAAGUCCUACACCCAAACCACAACAUCCUAACCCACCUCAUCACAAUGGUCCUAAAAGAAAAAUAAGAAAGCGUCCAAUUUACACACCGACUGCACCACCGACAACCACAUCUGCCCAAUACACUUUCCCUCCACAAACUUAUUCUGAACAGCCGCAACAAAAUGGAAAUCGUAAAAAUCCUACUUACAUUAAACAAACUCCAACCACAACAGUAAAUGUACCUCCACCAUACAAAGAUGUAACUUUCCCUCCACAAACUUAUUCGGAACAACCGCAACAAAAUGGAAAUCGUAAAAAUCCUACUUACAUUAAACAAACUCCAACAACAACAGUCAAUGUACCUCCACAAUACAAAGAUGAAUAUGUAGAAGUCAGUAAAAUUACACCUAAACAAAACAACAAUAGAUACUUCUCCAACGGUCCUUCUCCCACUUCAUUUUCGCAGACGACUCAGGCUCCUGGUAAUAAAAACGAUGGUCUCGUAGAGUUAUAUAACUAUGAAAUCCAGUCAACUCCAGUCACGAAUAUCAACAAUAAUAACCAACCAUUCAAAUUACGAAAUAGUUUCAGUGUAGCUGACUAUUCUAAAGAGCCCGAUUUUGUAAAAAUAAGGAAUUUCAACGAAAACAAGGGUGCGCCCACUACUACUACAGUAGACUACAAUUCCGUCCGCGGAACAAGUACCCCAGCGUAUAGGAACUUCAACAGUGUUUCGUAUGAACCAGAAAAAAAUAACUUUGCCUCAUUUUCUGGAGCCAAACAAAGCUAUUAUAAUAUUCCCACAACCACAUCUGCUCCUACAACUAUUUAUACCACGACGCGUAUUGAUCCCUAUGUUAACUUGAACACUGUAGCUUAUAAUACAAACAUAGGUUUCAACACCCAAUCUUCGAACUACGCUGACAGCGUAGAAGAUGAUGGACAAUAUCGACCACCCCAAGGUGAGGACGACGGUCAAUAUAGGCCAGAAUUAUACGAGCGUGAAGCAGAAUUACUGUCUGGUGCCCACUCUUUAAAUAUAGCAGCCAGUGGAAACAGAUUGCCAGAAGAUCAGAAACAAUACAAAAGCCAACAAAAGUCCGCUAAAACAUCUGCACCUCGACCUUUUAGACCUGCACCGACACAAUCGCCAACCACUCCUCCACCGUUGGAAUAUACAACCACAAUAAGACCGCGACCUGAAGCAACGACGCUACGUGCCUUCGAUUACUAUCAGACUUACACAACUACAUCUAGACCUUAUGAACCGCCAUCCGUGAAUGCUUAUACCAUUCCACCAGGCAGCAAUGCAGUCAAAAUAACGACUACAUCAGCUCCUAGGACGACUGAACACUAUCAACCAAGAGAAACUGCGCCUCCGACUUCCCCUCCAGUAUCUUAUUCUUCAAAAUCCACAAAACCACCGUACUACUCGAAACCGAUCCGCCAGGAGGACAACAGUUACGAUUACGCCUACUACGAUUCUGACCCUGGCUUUUCCCAAUACGAUCACAUAGAAGAAUUCGGCAGAACAAAAACUAAAGUGUAAACAAUUAAUAUUGCUUUCACUGCCAUUAUUAUAGUCGCCUCUUUAGAUAUGUAAUUUAAAACACUGCCUGUAAAUGUUUUACUUCUAAGAUCAGUGAGUUAAUUUUGCGAUAGGUAAUCUUAAUAAGGAUUAGGUAAGUGCAAUACAUACUAAUAAUUUACAAAAUAGUUCAAAUUUUGUCGUAAUGGAUGCUGAAAGAAGUUGAUUAAUAUUUAUUAAAAAAAGAUGUAUUUUAAAUAUUUAUUAAUAGAAUACCUAAACGAACCUGUUGUAAUAAAACAAAUGAUUCGAUACCAUUCAAUGCAGUAUACAGUUUGAUUCAACUUUGACAUAGGAUAUAAUUAUUAUUGUUUAAAUAUUGUAACUGUUUUCCCAAAACUGUUGUAAUGUUAUAACCACGAAAUUAAUAAAUUGUUAAAGCGUUAGAUUUAGCGUUUUCUAUGUUCGGUGGUUGUAACCAAUAAAUUGGAGCACCGAUCGUAAACAUCUUAAAUUGUAAUUACCUAGUUGUUACUUUCAAAUGACGCAUAUUCCGUUUAAAAACUUUAGAGGCCUUCCAUUGUAAUGAUGCCUUAAAUUAUUUUGUGAUAUUAUUUUGGAUGCUUGUGUUAAAUUAAUUGACUAAGUUAAAACUAUUAGUAAUUAGGUGAAAUAUCUUUUUUGCAGGUUGUCAUCGAUAUUAGUUGGGCCUCUAUCCAUUUUCCGGAUAACACUAAGGAUUGUAUAGUCCUUUUUUAGUUUUGUUACUUUGAUUUGUAAUUUUUAUUUAAGUAGAUAUUAAAAUUUGGCGAAAUGUAAAUCUAAAGAUAAUCAUAUCCGGAAAACGGAUAUUAGUAUCAUGGCCGUUAAUUUAUAAUUUAAAUUAUAAAAAUGUUACAGUUAUAAUCAUAUUUCAGUACAAUAAAGUAUGAGGAAGCUGCAUAUUGUAAAAUAUUUCUUUGUAAAUAAAUUUUUGUAAAAACAU